AUAUUUUGCAAGAUCAUGUGCAUUUUAUUUCAGGCUGAUCAAAGUACAGGAUUGCAGGGUUUCCUGAUCUUCCACAGCAUUGGUGGUGGCACUGGCUCUUGGUUUGCAUUCCUGCUUAUGGAGCGCCUGUUGAUGGACUAUGGCAAAAAUUCCAAGCUGAAGUUUGCUAUUUACCCAGCACCACAGGUGUCAACUGCUGUGGUGGAACCAUACAACUCCAUUCUGACCACUCACACCACUCUUGAGCACUCGGACUAUGCAUUCAUGGUCGACAAUGAAGCCAUCUAUGACAUCUGCAGGCGAAACUUGGACAUUGAGAGGCCGACAUACACCAACCUGAACAGGCUCAUCGGCCAGAUUGUCAGCUCCAUAACUGCUUCUUUGCGUUUUGAUGGUGCACUCAAUGUGGACUUGACCGAGUUCCAGACCAACUUGGUGCCCUACCCAAGAAUCCACUUCCCACUGGUGACGUAUGCACCUGUGAUCAGUGCAGAAAAGGCUUACCAUGAGCAACUGUCUGUAGCUGUAAUCACCAACGCCUGCUUUGAGCCAGCUAACCAGAUGGUCAAGUGUGACCCACGCCAUGGGAAGUACAUGACUUGUUGCAUGCUCUACAGAGGUGAUGUUGUCCCCAAGGACGUCAACGCUGCCAUUGCCACCAUCAAGACCAAGAGGACCAUUCAGUUUGUUCACUGGUGCCCCACUGGCUUCAAGGUUGGCAUCAACUACCAGCCACCAUGUGUUGAACCUGGUGGAGAUCUGGCCAAGAUGCAGAGAGCAGUUUGUAUAUUAAGCAACACCACCGCCAUUGCUGAAGCCUGGGCCCGUCUUGACCACAAGUUUGACCUGAUGUAUGCCAAGAGAGCAUCUGUCCACUGGUAUGUCGGUGAAGUAACCACCUCUCGGAUGAAGAGUUCCAUUUCCAUCCACCAUCACCACUUGAGGCAUGAGCUCGGGUCUGCUAUGUUGAAGGUCAUUGAAGAGUUCCAGCAGAAAUGGGACCUAUCGGAAACCAAGGAAACCGGGGAUACAGGGCUCAGUAAGCUCUAUCAUUGUACACUGGCUAUACACAACCUGUAA